AGAAGGAGACUGGCACCUGCGACACAGUCAGCCGCGUUCCCGACAAAAGCUGACCGGUACUUCCUGGAAGGCGUAAACCGGGGAUAAUACGACGGCUUUAAGCUAAAAGGAGGCGGUUCAAUUUCUUCAGCAUGGAUUUUCUUGUGACAAGAUCAGUCUUAUGGACAUAUGGGAUCGCGGCUAUGCUCAUAGCAAUACCUCAAGGGCAUGCUUUCCAAAUGUCGCAUCAGAUGCAUAGGCCUUCCCCACGUCUCAUGGUGACGACAAAGGCAUCAGUAGGCUCCAAGGUGGAUACAGAUGUUUUGAUUUGCGGGGCUGGUAUUGCAGGAUUGGCAUUGGCGGCUGACCUAGAGCGCCGUGGAGUUGAUUAUCGCUUGGUCGAGAGGGCAAGCUCUCCACGAGAGGGCGGCACGGCCAUCGGGUUCUGGACGAACGCGUGGCGAUGCUUGGAGAACCUCGGAGUGGCAGGGAAGCUGCGAAAGUCGAAUUGGGAAGGUGACCGCCUACGGAUCGGCACUGCCAUGAAGGGGAGGGAACUCACAAGUUUUGACCUCGGGGAAUGCGAUGGGGGACCGCACGAGUUUCGAUACGUUCUGCGAAGUGACUUGUUGCGUCAGUUGUUGCAAAUCGUCCCCAAGCAACGCGUGAUGUAUAACAAAGGCUUGGAAGGAUUUGGCGAGGACGAAGUGUCAGGAGGGAUUCUUGCAGAGUUUUCGGAUGGGAGGAGAAUGACGUCCAAGGCCCUGGUGGGCGCCGAUGGUGUAGGAAGCACAGUUCAUAAGCUACUGUUCCCAGGGGAGAAAGCGGCCAAUUAUGCAGGAUAUCAGGCCAUUCGUGGGGUAGCGAAACUUCCUCAAGGCGCCAAGACCAGCCCAUACUUCACGUUCGAAAGAGGAGUGAUAAACCAGGUAUGGGGGGCGGGCGUCAGGCUGGGCACUUUCCGGAUGUCCGAGACGAACUUGUACUGGUUUGUCACCUACAACGGGCCUCAGAGCGGAGGGGAGUCGGACGAUGGGGCAGCAUUGCUGGCCAAAGCUAGAAGCGUGCUCGAUGGAUGGGAUGAAAGGUGGGGUGUCUCGACGAUCCUCGCCGCCACGCCGCCGACGGACGUGUUGCGUACGAGUAUUGGAGAUCGCUGGCCAAAGCCACAGGGAAACUGGGGACGAGGAUCUGUGACGCUGUUGGGAGACGCCGCGCAUCCCAUGACGCCCAACCUGGGUCAGGGUGGGGCCGCUGGAAUGGAGGAUGCCCUUGUUUUAGGGGAAAAGCUUGCAGCAACUUUCAAGAGAGGAAACCCCGGUCCGGGAGAAGUGAGCCAAGCGUUGCGUACCUUUGAGAAAGAGCGCGGCCGCAGGGUCUCAUAUCUGACUCUUAAAUCAUUCGUCUUUGGCUUUCUAUUGCAGCUGCCUUUCGCCCCUGUUACGUUCGUGAGGGACAACCUGGCCUUGCCACUCGUCUUCAAACCUCGGUCCUUUCUGGCACAUACCAAAUUUGACCCUCCACUCGCGCCCAAGCCCAUUCGAACAACUCAACCCAAGAAAAAAACUGGGAUAUUUUAUUUCUGAUAAAGAAGAAGAAAAGUCACG